GGUUCAGGAGGGGGACAGCGGCUCCAAGAGCGCAAGGCCACCAUCGGAGAAUCAUUUUCUGAGGGUGGACAGGUCCUUGUCAACCUGCAUGUAGAAAAUCCGGCGUGCCGCCAGUGCAUGCAAGUGGCUCACCCUCCUUUGCUGGCGGGACCUCACGCAAUGCAAAGUGGUCGGGGGCUCGGUUAGUUGUACGUAAUUGAACGCUCAAUAGCUCAUAGGCUGUUGUGGUCCACCUUCUGUGGAGGACUAGUCUGCUCUUGCUCUUAGCUGCAACUGAAGAAGAUGCCAGACACAAUCAUGCCCUCCAACGGCAGCAUUCACCGGUUGGAGGUGGAUAAUUUCAAAUCUUACAAGGGGCAUCAAGUUAUAGGGCCUUUCCUGAACUUUACUGCAAUCAUCGGCCCCAAUGGUGCCGGAAAGUCCAAUCUCAUGGAUGCCAUCUCCUUUGUGCUGGGCGUACGGUCGUCUCAUCUGCGUGGUUCUCAGCUCAGGGACUUGGUUUAUGCCUAUGAUGACAAGGAGAGAGAGGUCCGCAGGAAGGCUCAUGUGAAGCUGGUGUACUUGCAAGGAGACGGCACUGAGCUGUCCUUCACCAGGGGCAUCACUCUGCAGAGUGCCAGCGAGUACAGGAUUGAUGAUAAGGUGGUCAGCUGGGACGAGUACAACAACAAGAUGCGCUCGCUAGGGAUCCUUGUGAAGGCCCGGAACUUCCUUGUCUUCCAGGGCGAUGUCGAGUCUGUCUCUACAAAGAGCCCCAAAGAGCUGACGGCACUCUUUGAGCACAUUUCCACCUCUGACGAGCUUACCAAGGACUAUGAGGAGCUGGAUUCAAAGAGGGAACAGGCAGUGCAGCGGACCAUGUUCAGCUACCAGAAAAAGAAGACUACGUCUGGGGAGCGCAAGCAGAAGAAGGAACAAAAGGAGGAGGCGGAGAAGCACCUGGCUUUGCAAGAAGACCUGACAAAGUUGAAGACAGAACACUUCCUGUACCAGCUUUUCAACAUAGAUAGGGACAUUAAGGGCACUACUGCUGAACUGGAGGCUCUAAACUCUGAGCUGAAAGCUGUUGAGCAAGAACAAGGGGGAGUGGAGAGUGAGGUGAAGGAGAAGAAGAAGGAACAGGCUAGGCACAGCAAGGAGGUUCUUCUGGCUGAGAAGAAGGCGGCCAAGAAGAAGGCAGAUGCAGAGAAGAAACAACCAGACCUGGUGAAGCUGAAGGAAGAGAUCAAGCGCGUCGAGAAGAACCUCCAGGCGUCAGAGAAGGGCCUGACAGCCAAGAAAGCCGAGCAUGAGAAGCAGGUUGCAGAGGUGCAGAAGCUAGAGCAGAGCUUGGAGCAGCUGACCACGCUCCUGGAGGAGAACGAAGGGGAGGAGUCCUCGAGCAAGAUGGACCUGGCCACAAACCAGCUCGCAGAGUACAACCGGUUAAAAGCGGAGGCCGGGGCAAAGACCGCCAAGCUGCAGAAGGAGCGCGACGCGCUGGAUGCACAGCAGCAGACGGACCUGGAGGCGCAGCGGAACCUGGAGGACAACAUCUCGCAGCUUAGCGCACGCGAGCAGCAACUAGAGGGGCAGGAGGAGGUGACGCUGGAGCGCAGGAAGAAGAUCGUGGAGGCCAUGGAGGAGGCCAAGGGAACACUGGCGGAGAAGAAGAGGGAAGCGGAGGAGAUGGCGGAACGGAACAAGAAGGCAAGAACACGUUCGGUGACCCUUCAAGGCCAGAUCGAAAAGAUCGAAGGCCAGAUCGCCGAGGCGAGAGCGGACCUGCGGCUGAGCGAACGGGACCGGAAGGCUGCGGAAGCGCUGGAGGGCAUGAAGCGCCUGUACGGACAUGCGGUGCGAGGAAGACUGUCUGACUUAUGCGAGCCCACGCAGAGGAAGUACCAGAUGGCGAUUGCGGUGGCCAUGGGCAAGAACUUUGACGCGAUCGUCGUGGAGGAUGAGAAGACGGCGAAGGACUGCAUCCAGUACCUGAAGGAGCAGCGCGCACCGGUGAUGACCUUCAUCCCGCUCCAGACGAUCAAGGCCAAGGCAGUCCCCGAGCAUCUGCGCGCGCUCGGCGGCUCCGCAAAGCUCAUCUUGGACGUCCUCCAAUACGAUGCCAGCCUGGAGAAGGCGUUCCUGUUUGCGUGCGGCCAGACUCUGGUGUGCGACACGGUGGAAGAGACCAAGAAGCUGGCAUACAGUAGCGAGAGGCACAAGGUGGUUGCACUGGAUGGUACGCUGAUCGCCAAGAACGGCAACGUGACCGGAGGAGUGAGCUCAGGGAUGGAGGCAAAGUCGAAGAGGUGGGACGAUAAGGCUGUUGAAGCCCUGGAGAAGAAGCGCGAGGCGUACGAGGCGGAAAAGGCGGAGCUGGGCGACCCACGGCAACUGGACCUCGCACUGCAGGAGCUGCAAACGUCGAUUGCCGGGAUCGAGCGGAAACUGCAGCUGUCUGCAGUCAGCCUGGAGGAGUUGGAGAAGAAGAUUGCGGAGAUCCGGUCGGAGCGGAAGGUGAACUCCCAGAAGCAGAAGAGCGUGCAGCCAGAGCUCGUGCAGAUCCGGGACGCCGUGAGCAAGCGCGAGGCGGCGAUGGCGAAGCUGCAGGUGCGCAUUAACGAGGUGAAGGACCGCAUCUUCGCCGAGUUCAGCCGCGGCGUGGGCGUGGCGAGCAUCCGCGAGUACGAGGAAAAGUACCUCAAGGAGCACAAGGAGAUGGACGAGCGCCGGCUGCAUCUGAAGAACCAGAUUGCCAAGAUCAAGAGCCAACUGGAAUACGAGCGGCGGCGAAAUACGGAGGAGCCUGUCAAGCAGACCAAGGAGCAGAUUUCGGAAGCGAAGGAGGAGCUGAAGGAGUUGCAACAGAAGCUGGCUGACGUCAAGGAGGAGGUGGAUGCGAUCACGGCGGAGCUGGACGCAAUCACGGCGGAAUCGCAAGAGUCCAAGCAGAAGGCUGAUGCCGUGGAAGAGGAGAUCAGCGCUCUCAAGAAGCAGAUCUCGGAAAAGACGCAAGCCGCAGGAAAGCUGAAAAAGCAGAUAACGGCAAAGGAGACCCACAUCGAGCAGCUGAAGAGCGUCCGGAGCGAGGUCUUGGAGGCGUGCGAGCUGGAGCAGGUGCCGCUUCCCCGGGUCGACUCGGACGCUGCCGAGGACGAGUCGGAGCCGAUGGACGUGGACAGCGGAGAGCCGUCCGCAUCCGAGCCCGCGACCCUGCGAGGCACCGGGAUCGACUACUCCAGCCUCAGCCGCAAGUAUCAACAACCCGCGUCCGGGCCGGAGCGCGAGAAGCUGGAGUCGGAGCUGCGGUCGCGCAUCGAGGCCAUGACGGCGGAGAUGGAAAAGACGGCGCCCAAUCUGAAGGCGCUGGACCAGUACGAGCAGCUGCGGGACAAGGAGCGGGGCGUCGUCGAGGAGUUCGAGGCGGCGCGCAAAGAGGAGAAGCAGAUCACGGAGGAGUUCAACAAGGUCAAGAACGAGCGGUACGCGCGCUUCAUGGCGGCCUUCACCCACAUCUCCACCGAGAUCGACAGCAUCUACAAGCAGCUGACGCGCGACCCGGACCACCCCAUCGGGGGCACCGCGUACCUGAGCUUGGAGAACGACGAGGAGCCGUUCCUGCACGGCAUCAAGUAUACAGCCAUGCCGCCCACAAAACGCUUCCGCAACAUGGAGGAGCUGUCAGGCGGGGAGAAGACGGUCGCGGCGCUGGCGCUCCUUUUUGCCAUCCACAGCUUCCGCCCAUCGCCAUUCUUCGUGCUCGACGAGGUCGACGCCGCGCUGGACAACGUGAACGUCGCGCGUGUUGCGGCGUACAUCCACGCCAAGUCGCGCGAGAACGCGGGCCAGCGCAACGCGGGGCACUCGUUCCAGAGCGUCGUCAUCUCGCUCAAGGACACCUUCUUCGAUAAAGCAGACGGGCUCAUCGGCGUGUACAGGGACCAUGACCAGGGAUGCUCGCGAGUCCUCACAAAACGGUUGACGACCCAUGAUUGAGAGGAGUAGUACGACGCUUUUCUGCGAGUAUCUUUGACGAACGUGGUCUAGCCAACCCAGUAGGCUUAUGUACAUUGAACAAUACGCAAAACUUGACGUUAUCACUUGGUUCGAC